AUGGGAGCUAAGGGCAAUGCAAGUCUUGAUCUCUUACCCUCUUUCCUGACUGGUAUCCCAGGACUGGAAGCUCAGCAUGGCUGGCUCUCCAUUCCCUUCUUCACCAUGUACAUCAUAGACAUUGUAGGCAAUAGCCUAAUCAUGGCAGCAGUGCAGGUGGACCCUGCCUUACAUGAGCCCAUGUAUCUGUUUCUCUCCAUGAUGGCCAUCACUGAGGUGGGAGUCUCUGUAUCUACACUGCCCACUGUCAUAGGCAUCCUUUGGUUUGAUGUCCGCCAGCCUGACUUUGAUGGCUACCUGGCCCAGAUGUUCUUCAUUCACACUUUCUCCUGCAUGGAGUCAGGGGUCCUGUUGGCCAUGAGUUAUGACCACUUUGUAGCCAUCUGCAAUCCGCCAUGGUAUACAGCCAUCCUGACCUUGCCCCGUAUCAUCUCCAUGGGUUUUGGUAUUACACUGAAGAGUGUGACACUCAUGGCCCCUCUUCCCAUCCUGUUGAAGAAAGUGCCCUAUUGCCACGCUAAUGUCCUAUCCCUCUCCUACAACCUCCACUCAGAUCUGAUUCAGCUGCCUUGUGCUGAUAUCAAGCUGAACAGCAUUCUGGGCUUGGCCAUUGUCCUGGCCACUUUUGGGCUGGACUCACUGCUCAUUGUGGUCUCUUAUGUGCUGAUUCUUUACACAGUGCUGGGCAUUGCCUCUGGGGAGGGAAGGCGGAAGGCCCUCAAUACAUGUGUGUCACGCAUCUGUGCUGUGCUUGUGUACUAUGUGCCAAUGAUUGGUGUAUCUGUGAUGCCUCGUGCUGCCAAACAUGCCUCCGCCAUGGUCCACACACUCAUGUCUAGCAUCUACCUCUUUGUGCCUCCUGUACUCAAUCCCAUCAUCUAUAGUGUUAAGACUCGGCCAAUCCGACAGGGAAUUGCCACCUUGUUCUCCUGUAAGAGGGAAUUCUCUGAAUCACCAAAGGGGACAGGGACUUUCAGUCAGUCCAGAAAUCCUGAUGGUAUUUCUGCUAUGGGUAAAACUCGACACUAGGCAUUUUUAGGAGGAAUAUGGAUGAAAAAUUCAAAGUGUUGCCACAGGCUUGAAUCUGGAUCACAAGAGUUAUCCCUAAGCUCUUUCCAUCUCACAUUUUAUUAGUGUGUGUGUCUCUGUGUUACUUACACAUGUCUUUCUUC